AUGGAAAUCUCCUGCGAGCUGACCAUGGCUGUGGGCCAAGCGCCCGGCGCUGCCACAGGACCCAGCGCUCCCGCGCACAGGCAUGCCAGCACCAAACAGGGACCCAGCCUGGCUCCUCUCUACCUGCACCAGUGCUGCACUGCGGGGACCACGGUGCCCUCGGGCUCCCAGCCCGUGGCGGAGGGCAAUGUCCCAACCAUCACUACCAGUGGUGGACUGAGCCCUUCCCACGACUGCUGGCCCUCCGGGUCUCAGUUUGCAUCAAACAGGCUGACGGGAGCAGCUAACGAGUUCGUGAUGUUACUGCGAUUCUUUCUGGAGCCACUGCGGCUGCGCCUGCUCCUGCUGCUCUUAGCGCUCUGCGCCGCCGCCCGACUCGAGGCUGCUGACUCGAAAACAGACUCCAGCCAACCUUCAGCAGGUGGUGUAGGAUCCGCACAGCAAGGAGCAGGUAACGGCCCACAACCGCAGGGGACUGAGCACCAGGAUGAGUCCGAAGAUAAUAAAAAGCAACGCUCUGGAUCGAGUACACCCAGUGAGGAAAACACCCAGUUGAACACGAGUGACGGAGCGACAACAGAUAAAAAACAGAACACAGGUGUUUCUGGCCAGGGCAGCAAUGGGCAGAGUGGUGGUGGCCAAAGCGCUGGUCAGGGUGACAAAGACGGCAACGACAAAUCAGGCAGCAGCACCAGUAGCCAGGCCAACAACCAGAACAGCAGCCCCAGUAACCAGGGCACCAACCCGAACCAGGGCACUGACAACAAAAAGGAGGAAAACAAGGACAGCAACCAAGGUGGCAGUGAUGGGAGCCAGGAUCAGAAACAGGAUGACAACACCCAGAAGCAGGACAACAACCAGGACAGCAGCAGCAACAACCAAAAUGGCAACAACCAGGGCCAGGGUAAUAGCAACAAUGAGAGUAACGGUGGAGGCAGCACCAACCAGAAUGGGGACAGUGGCAGCAAUGCCCAGAGCAACAAAAACCUGGGCAACAAUGCCCAGAGCAACAGCGGUGCUGGUGAUGGCAACAACAACCCGGGCAACAAUGCCCAGAGCAACAGCGGUGCUGGUGAUGGCAACAACAAUCCAGGCAACAAUGCCCAGAGCAACAGUGGUACUGGUGGUGGCAACAACAAUCCAGGCAACAAUGCCCAGAACAACAACAACUCGGGCAACAAUGCCCAGAGCAACAGCGGUACUAGUGGCAGCAACAAUAACCCAAGCACCAAUGGAGACAAUGGCAACAAUGUGGACAACGGUGGCAACAAUGCCCAGAGCAACAGUGGUGCUGGUGAUGGCAACAACAACCAGGGCAACAAUGGGGGCAGCAGCAACACCGAGAACCAGGGCAGCAACCAGGGCAGCAACACCAACAACCAGGGCAGCAACACCAACAACCAGGGCAGCAACACCAACAACCAGGGCAGCAACCAGGGCAGCGACAGUGAUAACCAGGCCAAGAACCAGGGUAGUCAAACCUCUUCUGCUACAGAGGGUGACAACUUUCCAGACACUGAAGAAAGCCCCGGAGAGGAAGAGGAUGGGGCUGGAGCUGGCAACGAUGCCGCCUCCUCUAACAAGGAGAAAGAGAAGAGCGUUCCUUCUUCCCCCAGGGACCAGUCAGAGAGCAGCCACUUCUUCGCCUACCUGGUGACCACGGCCAUUAUCGUUGCUGCCUUAUAUGUUGCGUAUCACAACAAACGCAAGAUCAUUGCUUUUGCUCUAGAAGGGAAAAGAUCAAAAAGCGGUCGACGGCCCAAAUCUGGCGAUUAUCAGAGACUGGAUCAAAAGAUCUAGAUUCCUCCUCGGAUAUUCAGUGGAAUAAUGACGGCCAGCAAUGAAAAUGCAGGAACACUGGGACACCCACUGACUCCCCUGCUGUAGCGCUCUGAGUUGUAGCUGUGCUGCUCUGUUCAGAUUUCAGACAACAGGAAGAAGGGGAAAUGCUUUUACAUUUGCACCUGCACUUGGUAACGUUAAACCUCUCACUUCCUCAGAAUGCAUUUCUCCUUUCCCAGCUGUCUGAAGAUGAACUUGUUUUCCGCUUGGGCGCCUGGCUUCUGGCCUGUGACCCAGGAAAAGCCAGUCCCCAGCACUUGACAGAACUUUUGUGUCCAAAUGAAAUGGAAUCUGCCAUCUACUGUACUGACGUCUCCUCUUGGGGGGAAAAAAAAAAUCUGCCUGCGAAGUGAGCCAUCUGACCUUCCCCUCCCAGAAUCAUAGAGCUGCCUUUGUAACCAGCACAGUCUGCUUGAGACACAGACAUUCUCCUCUUCUGUCCAUUGUAUUUGGAUGCGAAAGUUCCGAGCAUGACUGAUUGCACUAGUUUCGAAAUGAUCUGCCAAGGACUCGCUUUUGAUUUGAUUCUUUCUGUGACGGAGACAAUGUCAGAGUUGAUCCUCUAGAUUCUCUCUUUCAUGUGCCUCUUUGGAAAUGCUGGAGCAGUCUUUGGCCCUUAGGUUGUAGCUUAAACUUCCUCACCUGCAUCUUGUGCUCCACACGGGUCUCUUUCCCUCGCAAUCCCCAGAGUUCAGAUGUUUGCACUAAAGGUGACAGUUGUGAUUUGAUGCUGUGAAGGAGGGCGGGUUAGGCUUAGACAGCUUUGUGCCAAAUUGCCGUGGUGUAGUUGUAGCAGACUUCGCCUUGGAAGAUUGCUUUCCUCCCCCAUGUGAAACGUAGUUAUGUGUAAAAUGUAUGGGAAUCCUGAAUCGUUUGGGAUGAAUGAACCUUGUAGUUCUUCAGCCCUCUUCCUCAGAAGCGCAGUAUUGAGGCCCAGGAGCCUCCGUCAGUUAUGGAUAAGCAGCUGAGCGCUCGGCGUCGGCUCUUGCGGGAGAAGUGCCACUGUCUGCCCGCUCCAGCAGCGAGGGGGCUGCUCCUGGGGGUUGCUUGUCCCCUGAGUCGCCCAAGCAACACCCGCCCAGUGCUUCUGGCACCGGGAAAGCGUCGUAGCCUGCAGUGCAGGCACCGUCUUUUCUGCCUGAGUCACCACGGGGUGUCUUCUGCCUCCUUAGUGGGUGAGCGGCAUGCGAAAGGGCUCACGGCAUCGCCGGCACGACCCCUGCCCGCUCCUCCGCGGCUCUGCCAGCCCCGCCUUGAAGGAGUGUGUGUGGUUGUAUGUAACACGGAACUGGCUGCUUGUUGCCGAGCUGGUCACUUGGGUAUUACUGUAGAGCACUUAAAGCAGGGCCUGGGAGGUACUGGUUAUAUUUAAGUCUGCAAAACAUGUUGAUUCACAAGUUACAGCUGCGAGGGGGGUUUUAUUUUUAUAGUUCUACUCCAAAGAUGUUUGUUUGAGACUGGAUGUUUCUGAAGAAGGCAUGAAGUGCCUGCCUGGCUUCUGCUUUUGGGUUUUUUGGGUUUUGUUUCCAAUAUGGGCAGAAAAAAUUGGUAUGAAGCAUGUAGAGCUCUUCACACGGGUACCCACCUCUGCCCGAAGCUCGCGUGCAUCGCCCUCCAUGCGCUUGCUGACAGACCGCCGGGGGAGGGUCCUGGUGGGGUUAGCUUCCCUGCAGCUGGCUGUGAAGGAACUCGUGGGAUGAGGCCAACCUUUUUCCGUCCUUCCCGAGGUUGUGAACAAUUGGUAAUCUGCUCUGUGGUUGCUAAAGAUAGUCCCGUUUGACAAGGGCAAAGACCUUUCCUUGUCUGGACAUGAAAGCUGCAGCUGUGUAUUAUUUUUUCCUUAGUGGUUCGUAUUCCCCAUGUAAGAGGGGAGAAGGGGCUCGACCGUCUCCUAAAAGAAAGAUCCUCUCUUUUUUUUUUUUUUCUUUUUUUUUGCUGGCUGUUAGCAAGCACAAAGAGCAAGAGAAAGUCCCUCUUGGCUUUAAAUAGCUUUCAAGGUUUCUGUAGUAAACUUUUCUGAUGCUAAAAGCACUUACAGAAGCUAUUUUGGAGGAUGGGAGUGUGAGGUGGAGGGAAGAAAAAGGAAAACAAGUCUGGGAACAGAACCCUUGGGGGAAGUGUGCCUUUAGAAAAGGGUGGGAACUCCUGCAACAACACUCCACUGUCUCAGAGAUCCCGUAGGAUAUGUCUGAGGCUCAGUGUUGUGUGGCUGAUUUACAGACAGGAUGCGGGGUGGGAGGGUGGUGGCUUUUGUCUAAUGACAGCAGAGGGUGGGGAAUGAACAUACUCAACAUCUGAAAUACCACGUGCUUCUGAGCUGCUCAUCCCUGAAUUUUUAGAGUGUGUGUGCUGUUUUCCUGCUUUGUCCUAUUUUUUUUUAAUUGAAAAAUAAUUUAACAAAAGUUUCUCUCCACUGUCUGCUUGCUUUUCUAUUCCACGAGCUUUUUCAAAUCCCUUUCAAUCCUCUGUUGUUCCAAGUUGUGUUGGAAAUCCCACCCCCGUUCCCAGCCGUUAGCUGUUAGCCAAAGCGAGUGAGUUCUCUGGAGAGCAGGACUGUUGUACCUCAGACAUCGACUGUCGGGUUGGACCCAGCACGAGCUCGUUAGGUUAACGAGGACGUACCUCAUGUCUUGGUAGAGCUGUUGGUUUGCCGUUUUCCCCGGCGUGGCUCCAAGAGAGAAACACUCAGUGCCUGGGAAGUGCAGGGUUUGCCUUGCUCACGCCAGGCUGAAUCGGGGGGACUCCCCCCUAAUCUCCUCCUCCCUAGCAAUUCACGAGGGCAGCGUGUUUCUGGUCGCUGUGACUGUCCGAGCUGUGUGAAGCCUCCGGGAGUGACUCCUGGUUUAUUGAUUUUUAUGGUAUUUAAAUUUAUGCAAUGUGUUUCAGACGGGCCAAGGUGCACGUAACCUUUUCCCUUUGGACACAACUUGUGUGUUGAAUGGAUGGUAUCUGUUGGUACGUAGGUUUUUUGCCAAGUGUUACUACUUUGAGGCCAGCUGCCUUGCCGGUUUGAAUCAGCAAAUGGUUUGUUUUCUGCUGCAUUGAAACGCAACUUGCUUUGAAGGAUCAGAAUUUUUAUAUUUCUUUGUACUUUUUUUUUUUUUCUGUGUGGUGAAGUCAAUA